AUGGUCCUGAUCCUUUUGGUAGCCAUCCCAUUGCUGGUCAGUAGUUCCAAAACCAGCACGCAUUAUGAGAUGCUGGGCAGCUGUAGGAUGGUUUGUGAUCCUUACACCCAACAGACACAGGGAGCAGCUUCAGCAGAGUCUAGCCAAGAACUGACACUUAUCUCACCGCCACCCCACCUGCAGGGGGGUAAGGGAGACCAGAGUAAGAAAGGCAAGUCAGGAAUCAGAGGACUUCCGGGGCCACCAGGGCCACAAGGUCCCAGAGGCCCACCCGGAGAGCCAGGAAGGCCGGGACCACCUGGACCACCGGGUCCUGGACCAGGAGGUUACGUUUCUUCUUAUUACAGCCCCAAAAUUGCAUUCUAUGCUGGGUUAAGGAAGCCACACGAGGGAUACGAGGUGUUGCGUUUUGAUGAUGUAGUGACCAACGUUGGAAACUAUUAUGAGCCCUCCACUGGCAAGUUCACCUGCCCCUUGCCCGGAAUUUACUUCUUCGCUUACCACGUGUUGAUGAGAGGUGGGGACGGGACCAGCAUGUGGGCUGAUCUGCUGAAAAACUCACAGGUUCGAGCCAGUGCUAUCGCUCAGGAUGCAGAUCAAAACUAUGACUAUGCCAGUAACAGCGUCAUACUGCAUCUGGACGUAGGGGAUGAGGUAUACGUCAAACUGGACGGAGGCAAAGUGCAUGGUGGCAAUACCAACAAAUAUAGCACCUUCUCUGGCUUCAUCAUCUACCCUGACUGA